CGAAAACCACAGGAACAGACGAAAAUGCGCUCGCUGUGACGUGACCGUCAUUGCAGGUCUCGCAGGCUCCGAAUCUUCGCUCCACCUUUCGGGUAAACCCUCACAAGAGUUCUCUGGGGCAGUGACAUCAGAAGUUGUAUACUUGAACGAAUACCCGGUCUAACUUGUUUUAAUUGGGUCCCGGUCAGCCUUUUCUGGAUGCCCUCCCCAACCCGUUGUUAUCGGAUCUGCUUUCCUGGCCUGCGUACCACGGCCGUCUUGCCUCGGUCGCCUCCACCCACUCGGCUCCAAAGUCCUAUCAAGCCUCCCCGAUUGCCCCCGUCCUCUAGCCCUGCAUCCUUUUAUAAGCCAGCGCCUCCCGGCUCUUCUCCGUGCAGAUCAUAUUCAUCGGCUUCUUUUUCCAACAUGGGUUCUCUCACUCCUUAUCAGCGCAAACACAAGGUGACCGUGGUGGGUUCCGGUAACUGGGGUACCGCCAUCGCUAAGAUUGUCGCCGAAAAUGCCGCUAGCAACCCAGAUGUCUUUGAAGAGAAGGUUGAGAUGUGGGUGUUCGAAGAGAACGUUGAGAUUGCAAAGGACUCGCCUCACUAUGACCCCGCCAACCCGGGGCCACAAAAGCUUACUGAGGUGAUUAACCGCGCCCAUGAGAACGUGAAGUACCUUGCAGGAAUUCAGUUGCCGGCCAACCUCCACGCAAACCCUUCCCUUGAGGAUGCCGUCAAGGACAGCACCAUCCUCGUCUUCAACCUCCCCCACCAGUUUAUCCACAAGACUUGCCAGCAAAUUCAGGGCAAGAUCCUGCCUUACGCUCGUGGUAUUUCCUGCAUUAAGGGUGUCGAUGUCACAGAGGAUGGUGUCCACCUCUUCUCAGAGACCAUUGGCAAGUCCCUCGGUAUCUACUGUGGUGCUCUUUCUGGGGCCAACAUCGCCAACGAGGUUGCCCAGGAGAAGUGGUCCGAGACCACUGUCGCCUACGACCCCCCGCACAUGGACUCUAAGGCUCCCACCCCACAGCUUUCGCCUUCGGGCUCCCAAACAAACCUGGUCGAGUUUGAGCACAAGGAUGUGUCGGGUAAUAUGUCUACGGUCAAGUUGCAGGCACUGCCCUCGGACUACCCUCCUAUCGACCACAGCGUUCUCAAGUCCCUCUUCCACCGUUCAUACUUCCACGUGCGCGUCGUAAAUGACGUCGCCGGUGUUUCUAUCAGUGGUGCUUUGAAGAACAUUGUCGCUAUUGCCGCCGGCUGGGUUGUCGGUAUGGGCUGGGGUGACAACGCCAAGUCCGCCGUGAUGCGUGUUGGUUUGAAGGAGAUGGUUCUCUUUGGUGAAAUGUUCUUCGGUGCCACUAUUGACCAGCGCACCUUCACCGAGGAGAGUGCUGGUGUGGCCGAUCUUAUUACCAGUUCCAGCAGCGGCCGCAACUUCCGUUGUGCCAAGCUCAGCGUCGAGCGCAACCAGUCGAUUGAGGAGGUUGAGAAGACAGAGCUUAACGGCCAAAGUCUUCAGGGUACAUUGACCGCCUUAGAGGUCAACAAGUUCUUGAAGAAGAAGGGCCUGGAAGACAAGUUCCCUCUUUUCACUGCCGUCUUCCGCAUUCUGGAUGGUAGUAUGAAGGUUGCAGAUAUCCCUGCGUACAUUGAGCGGUAAAAACUCCUCUUUUCGGCCUCUUUUUUUUAAGUGUGUGUCGUUAAUUGCGGGAAUUUGGUUCAUUUUUAGCCCUCCGGUGUCGCGUACUUCGAAUUCUUCUUCUGAGACUCCUGGUGAGAACGGCGAUGAUGGCGCUCGGUAUGCUGCCCGACUUUAAGUGGGGGAAAAUAGGGUUUGGGAUGGCUUGUAGAUAAAGAUUACGAUUGUACUUACGCAUCUAUACGAAUGAUUUACAAUAGACUUUCACGAUAACCUUCUGUUGCC